CGUCCGUUAAGAGAAUGUCUCCUUUUAUUUUAAACAUUUUACUAUAUAUUUAUCGGAUAUAAACAUCCUGUAAAAGUCGAACAUUUUUUAUCUUGUCACUUGUGAAAAGGAAAUAUUUUUCUUUAUCUUUUCUUUCAUCAGAAUGCAGUGUCUCUAUAUCGCACUAUUCAUUUUUUUUUCCGUCUUAGCUAAAAUAAAAGGUAAAGAUGAUCUUGAAAAUGUGGAUGACGUUCCUCCUUGGGGAUAUGGCGCGUCAAACGAUCAAGUUUAUGGCGUAGAGGAAUGGAAGAAUAUCUCAAAGAUGUGUAAGGGCUAUCGCCAGUCUCCCAUUAACAUCAAACAUGAUCGUACCCGCAAGAAACGUGGUCACUCAAAGAUCUCUAUUAAAUUUACGUUAGAAAAUGGUCAAGUUUUUGGUGACUUAAAAAAUAAUGGUCACUCACCAGUAUUUACCGUUAACACAUCACUUGCUUCGGCCCAAGUCAUGAAUGUGCCCAAUCAUCGCAAAGACAUCUAUGUCCUGAGGAAAAUCUAUUUCCGAUUUGGCUGUACAGAACAUGCAGGAUCAGAACACCUGUUUGACGGCGUACCCACCUCUGGUGAAAUGCAUUUGGUAUUUUACAACGACAAAUAUAGGACCUUAGAUAGUGCGAUGAACAAGAUGGAUGGCCUUGUCAUUAUUGCUGUUCCUCUUGGAGGUGAUAUGAACUUUAACAGAGGUGAGCAAGUGUCUGUAAAGAACGGUAUUCGACUGUCAUAUUUGGUGCCUGAAUUGACAGAGAAAACAUUGACGUAUUAUACAUACAAAGGUUCAAUAACCACCCCACCUUGUUAUGAAAGUGUGAGAUGGUUUGUGAUGAAGAGUCCUAUUGCUGUUACGAGCCAGCAGCUUGGCGAAUUUCGACAGUUGGAAAGUUCCAACGGAAAGAUGUGUGAUAAUUUUCGUGAUGUUCAAAAACUGCACGGUAGAUUUUUAUCUUUGUAUAUUUGAAACAAGAAAUAUUUUCCUUAUCUCAUGUCGUUUGCAUAUCGUUGGUAAUAACACAGUUGUACUUUACGUUUUCUUUUCACUGUGUGUCAUUCAAACGUCUAAUAUUAUUUUUCAUGUGCUGUUUUGUACUUGUUCUCUAUUAACUUGUUCAUAUCAUUGUCGUGAUUUUAUCUUCAUGUUCACCAUAUUUUGCAUGUUUUUUUUUAUUACAAUUUAGUAUAAAUUAGCAUCAACGGCAAAACGUAGUUAUUCCUUAUUUCUGAUAACUUACUAAAAUUUUUCCCAACUUUAUUGUGAAGUUAACAAUUGAAUCAAUGAUGUGACCAAGUAAA